CAAACCACAUGCUUUGGACAUCAGUACGCAGCUUCCUCUUCCUUCCGCACUAUUAGGUCUACUGACUUUAAAAAGGCUGUAUUUUAGAGCCACACUUACACAUCCUUGUAAUCGGUGUUGAGAUCAACAUGGCAGCAGAGGGGAGUCUUGUUAGCGGUGGUGUGACGUUGCUCCAUACUGAGAGUGAAGGGAAACACUCCUAUGAAGUGAAGAACUUUUUGAACUAUAACAAUGGAAUUUUUCUAAGAAAUGGAGAUAAACUCUUGAUGCUAAACGGGAAAGACACUGAGGGUUUACGUCCAGAAGCAGUUGCAGAGAUUCUGUCUGAAGGAUCCCCCCUACUGACUAUCCAUCAUCCCUGCAAGGUACAAACAGAGUGUACAUCUGAGGAGAUCAGAGCAUACAAAAAGGAGCCGACAGUCAUAAAGUUCAGCCUGAUGAUGGUAAAAGAGGAAAAUCUGGGGACAGGUGGCCACCAGGAAACACCACAUCCAGAAGAAGAGUGGGAAGAUAUGGACAUCGAGGAUGACUGUUUCAGUGAUGAAGAAUUGCUUCUUGUCUCAUUUGGUGACACAAGCUUCUCCAUGGUGGUUUCUCGGGGCUCGGAUGCUGACAACCCUUGCCACAACUGUGGAAAGACAGAUUGCCAAUUUAACGAAGUUGUUGUCAUGCCUGAGACAGCUGAGAUUGCCUUUAAUCCUUCACGGAUUGUGAAAAUGAUGAAAGAACGGAGUAAUCUGUACCUGAAAAGUUACAUCAAGGGCAAGUACAUCACCCCAUGGAGGGAGCAGAUAUUUUUGAAGGACACCAUGUCAGCACCAAUCACCAUCUACUACUAUAUGGUCAACAUUCUGGACAGCAAUGCGGGUGUUCCUGUUGUGCUGAACUUCACUGGCACCAACAACUUCUUCCGCUGCACUACUGAGCAAGAUAAGAAGACUUUAAAAGUCGAGAGUUAUACUAAAAGCGAGCUGAAAAACAUCUGUGCCGAUGACCCAGACAAAUGGUCCUUUGUAUUCUACAUGACUUCGGAGGAUGGCAGUCUCCGUCGUUUCGAGUCAGCUCUCCACAGAGGAUGGUUUAUUCACAUCCAAAAUGUCUGUGAGAGUGAUAAAGUAGACAUGCAUGAAAGACAGAAUGAUCCACCCAACAUGUUCUUUAUUAUAAUUGAGAGUAAGACCAUAAAUUAAGGGUCAGAAACCUUAUCAACAUGUCAUAGUGAAAGAAAAG